UCCCGCUCUAAACUAUGAAUAGAGCUCUCUGAUUACCGAUAUUAUCAUUAGUGCCUGGCAUUGGAAGCUCUUUGAUAACAUUUGUAUACUGCCAUGGACAGUAUGUGGGGAUUACCCCCCGAGUUAAGUCCACAUAAAAAUCACAAUACUAUAUCUUUGUAUAUUUGCUCCACAAACUUGAACUGCCCAUCCCCUCUAGAAAUAUUGCCAAUGCCGUCCAUGCCGCUCUGUCCGCGCAAACUGUCGAUCUUAGAUGCUUGAUUUGCUUUUCAUUUCAUUUCGAACUUUGAGUCCGUGGGAACUAGUUGGCAAUAGAUGAUCUCUACGACGGGGAAUACCUUCGAUCGCUCUCCUCGCACAGCUACCAUUUCACUACUGGAAGCCAAACGAUUAGGACUUGUUGCACUUGUGUCUUCUGUCUUAUCAGGGCAACCCGAUAAAGCUGAGCGGUGGACAAAAAAACUGAUUAUACCAUAUAUAUGAAAACACAUAUUUAGGGUAGUCGGAGUCCAUGGAGGGAUCGUCCAAUUGGCUCAAAGUGCGCACCGCCAGCGUUUAAAGUGCAGACCGGGCUAAUCAUUCAUUUAUGGACAAACUUUAUGGACGACAUUUCGAUAAAAUAAUAUACAAGCGCAACCGCAACCGCUUGUUCUAUUGAAUUCCAUGGCCAACAACUACAACGGCGACCUGUAAUAAUAUACUACAUAAUUAAACACGGCGUAAUCUUAUCGACGCUCGUUCGGACUCCGUUGGCAUUGCCUUCUAUUUUCCUGCGGUAGCGGAAGUCUUCAUCGGCAGUUGGCCAAACAACAGCAGUCCGAGCAAAAGCGGAGGACCAUCAUCAUGCGAUCCAGAGAUCCCAUAUCCCAAAUGCCAGACGCCUCUUUUGCGGACGACGAUCUGGAUAACUAUGGCGUUUGCCUCGAGGAUUUGCAGCUGUUUGCUCAAUUGGAGGAUCUCUCCGAAAAAAGAUUGCCACUGGAGAUGGAGCUGCUGAAUCCGGGCUCGGAAUACGAUCUAUUGGAACUUGUAAACGGGGCUCUCCAGCAGCGAAACACCACGGAACAUGAGCCACCAGACAUGUGUAAGCCCAAGCGGACGCCAACCACUAAACGCCACCGAAGAGCUGGCAAGGAUCACACCUGCGACGUAUGCGGCAGAAGCUUCUCGGAAGCCUACAAUUUGCGCAUCCACAAGAUGACCCACACGGACGAGAAGCCGCAUGUGUGCGAAGAGUGCGGCAAGGGAUUCCGGCAACUGAACAAGCUACGCAUCCAUGCAGUGACCCACACGGCGGAGCGGCCACACAAAUGCGAUAUCUGCGGCAAGGGUUUCCGGUAUGCCAACUAUCUAACUGUCCAUCGGCGCUUGCAUACGGGAGAGAAACCAUAUCCGUGUUUGUCCUCGGACUGUCAUCUCUCCUUUCACUCCAUCCACGCGCGGCGCAUACACACAAAGCUAAGGCAUGCGGCGCCAACGGAUACGGAUCCCGAACAUCCGCUGGCGGAGCAAGAGCAACGGGAUACAUCCGCGCUCAGCUUCACCUGCCCGGUCUGCAGCCGGGUCCUAACGGAUCAGUGCUAUCUAAGCAUCCACCUGAAGCGGCACUACAACCAGCGCGACUUCCCAUGCCCACAGCCGGAGUGCGACAAGAGAUUCUUCAGUGCCUCGGAGCUGAAGCACCACCAGAUCGCCCACACCCAGCAGCGACCCUUCGCCUGUCCACUCUGUCCAGCUCGAUUUCUGCGCAAAUCCAAUCAUAAACAGCACCUCAAGGUGCACGAGCGUUGACAGCUCGAGAGCACUUUGAUUAUUUUAGUAUACGGUACGAUUUCCCUGUCCAUUCGAAUCGAAUUCCAGGCGAAUCCGAGACUCGCCCCACCCUAAGCUGCUUCAGAAGGGGCUUGGGCUGCGCUUUCCAUUCAAUAUAAGUGUUUAUUUAUAUAUACGAUUCUGUUUGUCUUUAUCUGCAUGCUUGCAUAUUAGAUAUAUGUAUAUAUUUGUAUUUAUACUUUAUAAAGUUACGGGUACGGGGUUGCUGGUUCUCUGUGGUUGUGUCCUCGGAGGACUGUUGACUGUUGCUGCAUGUUCGCCUGCAUUGCUUUGUUUCGUUAGGCAUAACUUAAGGAUUACAUUACAUUAUUUGCGGGCUUAGCCGGAAAUACGAAAACAAUUGAUUGAUUAAAAACAGUGAUUAGAGCCAAUUAACAAAACACAAUCUCGUUCGCGGUCGUUUAUUCGAUUGAUUGCCAAUCAGGACUAAGUGUCUUAGCACAAAACUACGCACGUGAGAAACUUAAAAGCAACAAAGGGGGCAAACAAUAGACAAAACUUAAAUUAAAGUUUCGCCGGAACCAGAGGACAAGUGCGCUAGGCAGCACUGUGCCCGCCACGCACCAUUCACUGCCCAACACUGGCCAGGCGGUACAGUUAUUUUUGGUCGUAACAGCGAAGCGAUGGACAAAAAACAAAAGAGUUAAAAGAAUCAGCAAAUAUUGACGUAAAAACAAUUUGAACUCGAACUUAAACUUGGAUUUGGGCUCUUUAAACGUUAAGAUAAGCUAGCGAAUUUCGUUACAUAUAUAGACUUAAGAUCUAGACCCAAGAAAAACGUGCACUUGCCAAGCAAAAUCCGGCCAGCACCGGCAAACCAUAUUGCAUAUUGGUUGGUUAAGCUGUCGUUUGAAAUACGAGGCUGUAAAAGAAUCAAGAAUCUCUCAUUUGGUACACAAUAAAUGCAGUUCUGAACAAAAUGGCACCUUGGAUGGGCCAGACCUGGCUUGCGGCAUUCAAAUUUUGUUGGGCAAGUGCUUUACACAUAGGAUAUAUGAUCGCAUUUUACGGAUAUUACGACUAACAAGAGCUGACUGCGCUUUAAGAGUUUUCGAAUUUUUUAACACACACGUACUAAGCGAAAAUCGAAACGUUUAACAACCAUCAUCAAACGGAUAUAUCUAUAAUCCCAUACUCGAUCAAGUGGAGGUCCUGCGUGAAUAAUUUCAUUACAUUUGGUCUUAUGUACAUUUGCAAUGUAUGGUAGUGUGUCUGUGUGUGUAA